CUGCCAGCCGCAGGAGGACAAUGAGGGAGAGUGGAUACAAUGUAACACCGCCGAGUGCGCGCGCGCGCGCCUCCUCGAGGUUUCCCACAAAUUAAAUGUUCUGGAAGUUGGAAAGUUUGAGAGUUCGGCGGUUUUCUGUGCUCGAGGCGUCGGCGCUGCCGAAGCGAAGGAAGGAGCGGCGCGUUGCGAGAUGGUGACAGUGAGUGCGGGUGAGAGCGGUGUAAAAGAUAAAAAAGUGGAGUGAGGAGACUCGCGUGGUGGCGCCCGAAGCGGCAGCAGGACCAGGAGGUCCGCGGAUCAGCCCCCUCCUCCACGCUGACCCACACCUGCUUCAACUGGUCAGAACGCUGGCCAGACCGGCGGGGGGAUGGGCUCGCUCCGGCGCCCCCGUCCACGGUUCAUGAGCUCCCCGGUGCUGACGGACUUGCCCCGCUUCUACGCCAGCGCACCUUCGCUGCAGCUCUCCAACGCCAGCGUCUGGAACAGUGUCCAGUCUGCUGUGAUCAAGGUGUUCCAGGGUGGAGGUCUGCAGACCAAUGAGCUCUUCACUCUCAAUGAGAGCAUCAGGUGGCUGCUCAAGACCGAGCUGGGCUCCUUCAUCACUGAGUACUUCCAGAACCAGCUCUUGAACAAAGGCCUGGUGUACAUUUUAGAGAAAAUCCAGCUUUAUGAAGGGGAAAACCAACUCCUCAUACUGUCAGAGAUGUGGACCAGGUUCUUCACCGAGAUCCUGCCCACCCUACAAGCCAUAUUCUACCCUGUCCAGGGCCAGGAGCUCACCGUGAGGCAAAUGGCCUUGCUGGGGUUCAGGGACCUGGUUCUGCUCAAACUGCCCCUGGCUGAGCUGCUGCCCCCCGCCCCGAUCGCAUCUCCACCAUUCAUCACACAGAUGUUGCUCGUGCUACAGGGCAUCCACGAGCCUAGUGGGCCCAGCCACGAGUACUGCAAGCUGGAACGCCUGGUGGAGAUGGUUGUCUCUCCUUAUCUUGGGAACUACUUGCACCAGACCCACAACACCUGUCUACUUGCACACCAGGCCCCACGCCCCAGAGUGUCUGCAGCGGGGCACCUCGGCCAGCCAGAGAUCCUCAUUACCCAGCAUGCCACGGACUCAUCCUCACUGGCGCCCCUAGUGGAGCAGGAGGGCGAGGCUUACCUGGAGAAAGCCGGCGGAGUGCGACGGCACACGGUGGCCAACGCCCACUCGGACCUGCGGUUGCUGUCUGUGGCCAGCAUGAUGUGUCCUGGAAUGGAGGAGGACGGUGGCGGUAGCACUGUGUCCCCCAGAGUCCCGAAGCAUUUCUUCAGCGAGCCUCAUAUUCUGGAGUCUCCAGCAGACGUGGAAGGGCUCCCCCCGGAGGAGAACUGCACCCAGCUCAGCUGCCCCCCGCCCAGCUAAUGAGGUGGUGAACAUAGAGACACCACGAGGAGUUUGGGGCGGGGCUGGUGCUCUCCAGGGACUGUCAGACGCACAGAGAGCUGAGCAUUAGCGCACUCUCGUACCGUCAGCAAGAGAGCUUCAAGCUGAGUUUGUAGAUCAGAGGUGUGAGUGGCCUCAAGGGUGGAGGGCAGAGCUCGAGCCUGCAGCCGAGUGCACCUCCCAUUCUGCGGGGGCACCACUGCAGCGAGGAAGGUGAAGCUCAUAGUGUUGAGGUGCAGCACUUCUCUUAACCCUGCUGGGGGAAAUGGGAAUUGUAGCAUUUCUAACAGAUUCCCCUGAUGGACAGCGACCCAUAGCUCUAACUCUGCUGCAGCCUUAUAUAGACAUCACGUGAAAUACAGUAACUCAAUAAUCCCAAAAGAGACUGAAUACAAGUCUGUUUUAGACAUGUCAGUAUUUUAAACUUGCUUUUGAUUCAGCACCCAACAUAAUGUUUUAAUAGAAGUGUACUAUUUUCUUAGUUUCCUUGUUCAUUAAAUAAAAGU